UGUUCUCCUUCUCACCCUUCGCCCCUUUUUAACGAGCUCCUUCUCUCUUCUUCCCCUUUUCGUUGCUCUGAGAGCGCUGCGGGGGUUCCACUGCCUCCUGUACCGUUUGGACCCCGCGGUUGCCAUACUAACCCCAGCGGGGGUAGGGGGUGUCUGAUGCCAUCGUCUUGGCGACGGAAGGGGUGCUUCUCCCUUCCCGGGCCACUUGGUCCCUCAAGGCGCUGGUGGCCGUGAUUCCUGGAGAGAAGAGGGAAUGCUGGUUGAAUCCGACGAGCGGGGGCUUGGAUGGCAGCCUGGUUUAAGCAAGGGGUAGGGAGAGGCAAAAGACAGGAGUAGGUAGGCCUGGAAGGGUGCGGUUGGGUGCAGUGUGGACGGCGUGUGAACCCUGGGCGGUGACAGUGGAGAAAGAUGUCUUGGGCCCUGCCCCUGAACCAGGAGCCACCAUGUUGGUGAUACCCCCCGGACUGAGCGAGGAGGAGGAGGCUCUGCAGAAGAAAUUCAACAAACUCAAGAAAAAGAAAAAGGCAUUGUUGGCUCUGAAGAAGCAAAGUAGUAGCAGCACAGCCAGCCAAGGCGGUGUGAAACGCUCACUGUCAGAGCAGCCUGUGGUGGACACAGCCACGGCAACAGAGCAGGCAAAGCAGCUGGUGAAGUCAGGAGCCAUCAGUGCCAUCAAGGCCGAGACCAAGAACUCGGGCUUCAAACGUUCUCGAACCCUAGAGGGGAAGUUAAAGGACCCUGAGAAGGGGCCAGUCCCCACUUUCCAGCCGUUCCAGAGAAGCAUAUCUGCUGACGACGAUCUGCAGGAGUCAUCCAGACGGCCCCAGAGGAAAUCUCUGUAUGAGAGUUUUGUGUCUUCCAGUGAUCGGCUUCGGGAACUAGGGCCAGAUGGGGAAGAGGCAGAGGGCCCAGGGGCUGGUGACGGUCCUCCUCGAAGCUUUGACUGGGGCUAUGAAGAACGUGGUGGUGCCCACUCCUCAGCCUCCCCUCCCCGAAGCCGCAGCCGGGACCACAGUCGUGAGCGGAACCGAGACAGAGACCGAGAUCGGGAACGGGAUCGAGACCGAGACAGAGACCGAGAUCGGGAACGGGAUCGAGACCGAGAUCGGGAACGGGACCGCGAUCGGGACAGGGACCGCGAUCGGGACAGGGACCGUGAUCGAGAACGAGAGGGCCCGUUCCGCAGGUCGGACUCGUUCCCUGAACGCAGGGCCCCUCGGAAGGGGAAUACUCUCUAUGUGUAUGGAGAGGACAUGACACCCACCCUCCUCCGUGGGGCCUUCUCUCCCUUUGGAAACAUCAUUGACCUCUCCAUGGACCCACCCAGAAACUGUGCCUUCGUCACCUAUGAAAAAAUGGAAUCAGCAGAUCAGGCCGUUGCUGAGCUCAAUGGGACCCAGGUGGAGUCCGUACAGCUCAAAGUCAGCAUUGCCCGCAAACAGCCCAUGCUGGAUGCUGCCACUGGCAAGUCUGUCUGGGGCUCCCUUGGUAAGAAUGGAUUCUUCCUCUUUCAUCCUCUUUCCCACAGCUCGCCUCCUCUCUUUGCUCCCCUGCAUGUCCCAGGAUUCCCUAGAGUUGAUAGAUGUCUGGAUCUGUGUGGAGGCCAUGGGAAUGAGAAUUGUCAGACUCUCUGUCAGUUAGAGAUGGAAGAAGAUUUCUUAGUGUGAAGGAGAGAGAAGGAUUGAGAACAACUCCCGAAGCAGUAAUAACUAGAACAGGGAAGAAAGUGGAAGUGAGUGAGGUUAGUGAGUGAGGUUAGUGAACACGACCGUGUUUAUUUUGAGAUGGAGUAUAGUUGGCUUUAUAAAAUAAGCAUUUGAAAUUAGAGAUCUGGAACUCGGGUGUGAAGUGAGGACUGAAAACAUGGAUCACAGUCCUCUGUAUCACAGAGUGGCUGCGAAAUGGUAGUAAUCUCAGGGAAGAUUGAAUUUGAAGAAAAAAAUUACGCAGGCCUGGGCCUGGGGGAUAUUCAGGGAGCAGCAUCAGAGGCCAUUAAAACCAAAGAACACAAACUAUGGAACCUGGGUAGUGAUAGAAGUGUCAAGGUACAAAGAUCCAAGAGAAUGGAGGCUGGCGUGGGGUGAGUGACUGUAGUCCCAGAAUGGCAGGGAUAGAAUCCUCCGAGAUGAGAUGCAAGAGGGACAUGUUGAUGUAGGGAGGAAAAAAAGAAGGGGAAGGAACAACCUGAGGCUUGAAGAAUGUUUUAGGCCAAAGCCACACCCAGAAUGAGCUCCCCUAUUGAGGCUAGUAGCAUUUCUUAGUGUGAAUAGCCCACUAUACCUGUUGGCUUUCCUGGCAAAGGAGUUAGGCAGAAAGGGGCGUUCAGAGCAAGAGUGGCCCUCCAAACUAAAAGAAGGAAGAAGAAAUGACUAACGUGUCAACAAAGGGCUACAGAGAUCUUCUAAUUUUUAAUAUUUUGAUGUAG